UUACAUAUUUCUACUUCCAUUAGCGCGUCUCGAAAAUUUGCCAAUACUGUCCAUCACAACUUCCAUUUCCAUCUAUAUCGCUCCUUCGUAGUUCUACAGAGUUACUUAAUCUAUCAUGCUGAUUGGAACGUGGACAGAGCAUUCACAAGUGAUGGCAAUACCAGACCGUGGUUUAGAUCUGCCAUGGUACUCCUGGGGAGACGUCCCAUUCAACGGGCCGUUGACAGACUUCGAUCUCGAUCCUCCAUUUCAACCUCACUCCUUUACACACGUCACUCCAGAUACAUCUUUCCGAGGUGGUCUCUCUACGUCACAAGGAAUAGAUGGAUCUUUAGUGAACGCGCAGAGCUCCAUCGUUGAGCCGACAUAUCAUCACGUGGAGGGAAGCGCUCUUGCAGUUGUUGCACCUGAAGAUGGAAACACCAAUGCUGGCGGAGAUCCAUACAACCCAGGUGGUCUUUUCAUUCAAAGUUCGAGUUACAACGAGACUCAAAAGGUUCCGUACAUACAUCCCGCCCAUACUUCUCUUCCAGUACCACCGCUCUUCAACUCGGGACUUAGCAUUGCGGAGGUCAACCUGCAGCAAAAAGGUGUCACUGCAGUCUAUGACAAACCGUAUCUCACGCAGUCAUGGAUGGAACAAAGUCCCGAAUACCACUUUUCAAGUCAACAAUCCGCAAGACUAUCUUCGCCUCCGAUGAAUGCUCAAGCCUUUGGUGUGUCAAGAUUGCCGGCGGAGAGAUUUGCAAGCCCUCAAUACCCGGUCCACCAGUUGCUGCAAAGUCAACAUCAUGGCUAUACCACCGUCGACGAUUUUGAUCCGAAUCUAUUGGCGGCUCCAAUUGUGUCUUACCCACUGUCACCAUACGCUCUGACCGGCGAGCGUUAUCAGUCCUAUGCGCCUCCCCACAGCACAGGGCCUCUUCCAUCUAGAAAUCAAACCAUGAGGGAGAUUUACUCUAGUGUUGGAGAACAGCGAGAGGAAGUACGAAGUAUUACAGCGCUACCAUGGUCAUCUGGACCCCAUUCCAUCGACAAUGAGUUAUUACCACCGAAUGACUGGGUUAAUGAUAAUGUUGCACCGUCCGGCGAUUUUGGCAUGCAUAUCCUGCGGACUUCUUCACCAGAGCACUUCCAUACCGAGGCACAUGUACAGCCUGGCCCUUCCUCGUCCUUUCCCAUUAGAGCACUUCACAGUCGAAGAGCGCAAAUCCUCCAUCGUGAUUCCAUGGUUGGUCUGGAAACAUCCGAAUCUGCCAGAUCAACCAUGGUUGCAAGAGGGUCCAGCGGGUCGGAGUCAUUUGGGACAAUUUCAUCGAGACCAUCGGCUUCAGGAUCAUCAGGAUCAUCAGCUUCUUGGCGCCCCUCUCCACAACAUUCAAUUGGAGAAUCUCCUAAUCGAACUCGCACCAGAAUCAAACCAUCCGAUAAAGCAAAGGAAAAGACACGGGAGCUCCGCAACUCGAAAACUGUUUGCGAACAUUGCAUCCAGGCGCACAAAAAGAUCCAUAUUCGAAGGACCUUGCCCACAAUGUCUAGAGUUGACAGGGAACCAAUUGUACUUGGGGCGAGCUAUGUGCUAUCGAAGAGGGGUCGGAGUCGAAGAUGCACUCAAGGGUAAGCCAGAUGUAUUUGGAAUAGCACAGCGACAAGCCAGUAUCCAACCGCAACUGGAGUCUAUGCACGACGAUCCGCGUUCUUUCCUUCUGGGUGCUGGCCCAAGAGAGCAUGGAAAGGUCCUCUAUCUGGAAAUUGACUUAAGAGAUCCACUUCUUGUGAAGAUUCAAGAUAUUAUUUACAAGCCCGUACAGCCA